AUGAAUUGCCCCCUUCUCGCGCGCCUGACAAGGGUGCUUUCACGGUUCCAUCGCAGUGGAACUGACUCGACGCGAGUCGUGUGUACGCUCAGGUCACGGGCGCGGACUCGAGGCGUUUAUGAAUGUCUCUCGCGCGCGACGAGUAUCGCCAUACUAUUUCUGACGCUGUCCGUAUCGUGUGGUACUUUUUCGAAAUCGUGGACGCGCGUCAUCCCUCGCGCGCGAAGGGAGUUACGUCGGAACUUUCUCAGAGACUGGAAACGAACUCUCGAAGACGGUCGAGACGGAGAAAAUUUCCACACGUCCAAAGAGUUUGAGGUACGUAUCAUUUCGUUGCGUCGGGGGCGCGAGCGAAGUCUCGAGUCCGCGCGUUCGCUCGACGAGCAAGGGAUAACGUGGUCGUAUCACGACGCCGUCGAUGGCCUGGACGAACUUGACGUGAAGUCGUUGAACAAGUACGCGGGUCGAAAGAAGCGCACGCGAGUCGACGCGACGCGUCACAUCCCUCGGUCGACGCUCGUACAACGCGCGUACGAUGACACGAAGCGUCCAUCGCAUGCGAUGAGACAAUCAUUACACGAACGAUUGCGUUUUGGAUGCUACUUAUCGCACGUGUCGUUAUGGCGUCGCGUGAUUCGCGCGGAAGCGCCGCUCGCGAUUGUUCUCGAAGACGACGCCGUGGUGUCGUCGAAAUUCGCGCGCGCGUUAGUGUCGAGACUUGACAAACUUCCGAUCGACUGGGACGUUUUAUUCUUGAAUGGGUGUUUCAAAAAGUUUGGACCUGCGCUCGCCGACGGGAUCCGGCAAUCUCGUGGAGGGCUGUGCACGUACUCGUACGUCAUCUCGGCGAAAGGCGCGUUCACGCUGAUGCGACGAGCUACUUUACGUAGUGAGAAACCCAUCGAUCACGUCUUGGACGGAGAAAUACUCGCCGGGAGAUUACUCGCGUUUCACGCCGAUCCACCUCUCGCGCGAACCGUACCGAAAACGAGCACGCUCGCCUACUGA